AUGGACACAAAUACUGUCGCAGGUUGCACUGCCAAUUUACUUGCGGGUACUACUACAACCACGAAGCCAACCACACCGUGCACUGCUAAUGUUUCUGUUGCUGCUAAUUCAUCUUUAGUCGCUCCUGUAAUUGUGAACAAUAUGUCUUCUGCUGGUUUGCCACCUGUUUCACAACAUAUACCGACUGGUGGUGUUAGUGCUGAAUCUGAUGCUGUUAAUGCUACGGCCGCGGAAGUGCCUAAUCCUCCUUCUCCUACCCGCAGCCCUGUUUGGCUUACUGCUGAGAAUCAGCAAUCACAAUUAGUAGAGCAACAACAGCAACAGCUUCAAACGCACCAAUGCGCAUUCAACGACACUAGCACAAUUGCCGAUAUCAUUGAUGCAUCUGCAUUAGAAGCAGUCACUGGAGAAGCUAUUUUCAGUGCUGAUAUUGCAUCAACCAGUCAACAACAACCACAUAACCAGCAGCAGCAGCAGCGUUCUCAAGAUCAAGAACAGCAACCGGAAAGUUUGAGCGGUGCUCAAUGCUCCUCUUUGAGCGUAAUAGGAGAAGUUCCAGCUGGUGGUAGCGCAUUAACAGAACGAAAAAAAAUAUCUCCAACAUCACUGCCAUUGCUGCUGCAGGAGGAAGAAGACGAAGAAGCGGACACAGGCAACGAGGCUAGAGCAUCGAAGUCACCCGCAGCAGUAGCGGCAUCAGCAGCGACCGCAGCAGUAGCGCUAACAUCAACAACAAUCUUAGUUUUACUGGUGAGCUGUAUUGUAUAA